GGAUGUUUUUGCCAAGAAUUCCCUCUGGAAAGGGGCCUAUGAGUACCAGGGGAAGAAGCAGCCAGCCAUGCUCAGGGUGACUGGCUUCCAGGUUGUCAGCAGCAAGGUCAAUGCCACCAUGAUUGACCACAGCGGCGUGGAGUUGCACUUGGCCGGAAUUUACAAGAAAGAAGAUUUCCAUCUCCGACUCCAGGUUUACCAGAUCACAGGGCCUGUAGAGAUCUUUGUGAAUAAGUUCAAAGAUGAUCACUGGGCUCUAGAUGGGCAUGUCUCCUCAGAGUCCUCCGGAGGCACCUUCAUCUACCAAGGCUCCGUCAAGGGCCACGGCUUUGGGCAGUUCGGUUUUCAAAGACUUGACCUCAGGCUGCUGGAGUCAGACCCGGAGUCUAUCGGCCGCCACUUUGCUUCCAACAGCAGCUCGGUGGCCGCCGCAAUCCUGGUGCCUUUCAUCGCCCUCAUCAUUGCAGGCUUCGUGCUCUAUCUCUACAAGCACAGGAGAAGACCCAAAGUUCCGUUCAAUGGCUAUGCUGGCCACGAGAACACAAAUGUCCGGGCCACCUUUGAGAACCCAAUGUACGACCGCAACAUCCAGCCCACAGACAUCAUGGCCACCGAGGCGGAGUUCACAGUCAGCACAGUGUGUACAGCGGUAUAGCCCCCAGGCCUGCUGCGCCCCCUCUGCCCCCGAGAGCCCCGCCUCCAGCAGCCGUUCUCCAGGGCACAGAAGUAGCUCCCUGAGCCCAGUGCCCAGUGCCCAUCUUCGUCCGUCCCUCCGCCCGUGUCUGCUGCUGCUGGACCUGGGCCCUCGCCCAGCCGCCCUCUGCUCCCGCGCCCUGGAGAGGAGCCCGCUGUGCCCUGAUGGGGGCAGUACAGGAAGAGGGGCUGCGAGAGGAAGGAAGCCUAUGGACUGCCCAUAGCAGAGCAGACACACCUCCUUCAUUUGCGUCUAUGGAGACCACAGAAGCUCAGAAAUCAGAAAUGGGUGUGAGGGAUGCCCCAUGCUCCCCACAAGCCCAGAGAAGAGGGGAAGAGGAGGAGGCACCAACAAGCAUUGAAACCAACAUGCGCUGCCCGGCUCUGACCGGGCCGUCAGAACCCAGUGACUGUGUCAGCGGAUGCAUCCGCGGUGCUCAGUCCCCAGAGCGGACACCAGCCCUGGACAAAUGAGCGGUCCAGCUGCAGGACGACAGCAGGGAUUACCCCAAGGGCAGAAAAACACCUUAAGAAACGGCUUGGAAAUCAGCUUAUUUUUUCCAACCUCAGUUUAUUGCAUUCUAAUCCCAGUGAGUUAAACAGUCAUCUGGGUUCCAGGCAGCGCUGGAAAGAAGGGUGAGGAAUCUGGCCACAGCCCAAGGCCAAGUCUGGCUGUCAGUGGACAAAGAAGAGAAACAAGUGUGUGGCCCAGAGGGAUGCCGUCUGCAGGCACCGGGAGGCGCUGGAAGGGACAGGAGAGCAAGCCUGCCCCAGUGGCCGAAAAGUCACACUGCAGUGUAGUAAGUGCCUGACGCUCAGGAGUCUCGGUUCUAGGCCUUCCACCCCCUAAAGUGUAAGAAUUAUGAUCCCCAUUUUAUAGAUGGGAAAACGGAAGCCCGGAAUGGUGAAGAGAUGGAAGCCACGUGAAGUGUGGAGUCAGGAUGAAACCCAGAUGGUUCUAACUCCAAAGUCCACUAUACAGCGGCCAGAAACCCCUGUCCUGGAAGGACACAGACAGGGAGCAGUAGGUGAAUGCGUGCAGCAGGACUGGCCAGAGCGGAGGGGCCAGGCAGGGGGCCUGUGUGUCCUCUCUGGGUUCUGUUCUCCCCACCUGGGCAGCAACAAGACAAGGACCCAGCCCCUGCCUCCGGGAGCUGGUGGCCCAGGGCCCUGCGCACCUUGCCACAGCAGACGGAGGAGCUGGGUGCCCGUGGAUCGAGAGGAUGGAGUGGAUGACAGACACCCUGCAGCCCUUGCAGGGGAGUUUGAUUUAUUUUGAGUUUCUUUAUGCUCUGGUCAUUAAUGAAUUCUAUAGAAGUAUUGUUGGGAAUCUAACGAAUUUAGGAAUCAAACUGUGACAUUUAGAGCCACUGUCUCUGUCCUUGGGAAGGUCCCCAUGGGCUUACACGCGUGUGCAUAUGUGACCUGCUGGCCUCAGAAGUCCGUAUCACAUUUUGAAAUGACAAAUAGAAACAUACAAACGUGUUUGGUCCUUAAGCAAAUUCUGGGUUGAAACAGUGAAAAGAUCUGACUCACGUAAAGAUUGGCUAAAGUGGGAAGUGAAUUUCCGGCAGAUGCCACUGGGACUGGCCACAGCAGGGGCCAGUGCUGCCCACACAGCAUCCCUGGGCUUGGUGGGAAAGGACACACCCCACGCUCGUCUCUUUCCCUGGAAACAAAUGCAGGAAGCUCUCUGGCUGCUCCCUUCCCCUUCUUACCCUCCUCUCAGACAACCAGUGGGCUCCUCCUCCAGCCCCGCCUCUGCCCCCCUUCUGUGUCCCCUUGUGAAGUCCUAGGAGGUGUCCCCGGAGCCCAGGCUGGUGAGGUACCCAGCACCCUGCUGUGCACUGCCCUUCCCACCUCUGGCAUUUUCUCUCCACCUCCAGAGGCUUGGAAGGGACCAGGGCAGACAGGACCCUUCACCCACCAUCCACAUCACACACCCAUCACCAUCCCAUGUGGGGGGAAAAAAGUAAAACAAAAACAAACAAAAAAAUCUUUUGUACAGAGAUAUAUUUUUAUUAUACAAAGUUUGUACAGUACCAAAAAAGAAAGAAAGAAAGGUGUAAAUUUUUUUUCAUUAUUGUAGGUAAACGGUAGUGGAAGCCUUUUUUGUA